CUUUUGCCUACCUAGAUGACUCACAUUGCUCUUAACGUGUUCAGUUCAACAGUGGUUCAACGAACGGGAAAAAGAGGGACUUUACUGCUAGGUGCUGACGACCAAGGGAUGUCAACAUCUGGAUCCGACCAUAUACUGGACGGUUGCUCGCCGGCCGUCGAGAUGUUCGCGAACGUCCAGCCAAUCUGGAGUCCUGGUAGCUCAGCUGGAGCUAUAGAAGAUAACCAAAGUGCCACUCAAAUUGACAAAAUAUCACAAGAAUCAAGCACCAGCAUUUCCAAGGAUGAGUGGUUCAUUUCUGUAGAGAACUACGUUGAAGACACAACAGACAAACUCCAAAUACAAAGGAUUCCAUCAUUUCUGCGGGACAAACCAUCCAACAAAACAUGUUAUGAUCCUCUCGUAAUUUCGAUAGGCCCUUAUCAUCAUGGAAAGCCACAGCUCGAUGCAUUCGAGAAGCUAAAAAUUCCUGUCGCACAGAAAUUCGUUCGUGCCUGUGGUAAUCAUGUAUCCAUCAAACAGUUAUAUGAAGAGGUGGCAAAGGUGGGUGAAAGCGUUCGCAAAUGCUAUGAGAAAGGCACGACUGAUGAGUAUGAAGAUGAAUCGUUCACCAAAAUGAUGCUUCUUGAUGCUUGCUUUGUGCUUGAAUUUAUGUCGUUUUCCGAAACUGAAAGUAAUUAUUCCAGUGGGACAGUUAUGGAACGAAAUGAAGUAGAUCCACUACAGCCUUGGAGUCGGUAUCUUGCUUUUGCGAGGAGUGACUUGUUCUUGCUAGAGAAUCAAAUUCCUCUACUAGUACUAAAAGUUUUGAUGAAAUUCAGGUUCAAAAAUGAAAGCGAGGGGACAAAGUUGAUUCAGAAUUUCCUUGAACAGACGGUCACCAUAAUGCCGCCACAGAAAAGUACAUACACUAAUGCUGUCAAGAAAUUUGUGCAACGAAUGAUGAGAUGCAGUGUUCAGAAAAGGGAGAAAUGGAAAAUGGAUAUGGAUAUGGAUGCACGCCCUCAUCACCUUCUGCAUCUAGUUCGGGAACAGCUCAUCGGGCCAUCUCCUGAAGAUGAAAACGAGAAGAAAUCUGUCAAACGUCUUCUGCAUCUAAUUCAGGAACAGCUCACCAGAUCAUUUUCUGAAGACAAAAACAAGGAGAAAUUUAUCAAAUGGCAUUCGUAUCGCUCAGUAAUGGAGCUCAAAUCAGCAGGAAUUCAUUUCAGACCAAGUCAAACUAACCAUGUUACUGAUGUAAAGUUCAAAUCUCACCUUAUUUCUGGUACUCUUAAACUUCCUCCAAUCAUGGUAGAUUAUUCAACAAAAUCUUUGUUAUUAAACUUGGCGGCUUAUGAAAUGAGUCCCCAUGGCCCUUCUGAUUAUCGCCUUAUGUCAUACAUUUGCCUAAUGGAUUCAUUUAUUGAUCAUGCUGAUGAUGUUAAAGAGCUCCGGAAAAGAAGAAUUCUUGUCAACAAUUUAGGCAGUGACAAAGAAUUGGCGCAACUCUUUAAUGAGAUAGCUAAUGAUUUAGUACCUGAUCUUCGUGUUUAUGAAGAUGUUCAGAGGCAGAUUGAAAAUCAUUGCAGGAGUAAAGCACAAGUCUGGACGGCUGAAUGGAUAGACGACCAUUUUAACAGUCCUUGGGCUCUCUUGGCUUUUCUAGGUGCAUUUUUCACCAUUGCUCUUACUGUCGCACAGACAUAUAUUGAUGGUCUUUUGGCAAUAAACCUCUCAGGAAACAAAUAAAUAUGAUUUUUUACAAGCUCUUCAGUUGCAAAAGU